UCCCCACGCCUGCGUCCGCCCAGCUCAGCUGACAGCUCUGGAGACGGAAGAGGCGGUGCUCGGGUGGAGCCGGGUGUCUCCUGGCCUGGCCGGCGGGCGUGUUGCGGGGCCCAGGGCGAGGGUGUAGUGCGGAACUUUGGGGCCGGGCUCGGAGGGGCGGCCGGAAGAUGGCAGAAUUUCUGUAGUGUAUCUGAUUCAAGUCCCACAUCUUGAUUUCUUACCCAGCUUCAGUCUCAGCUCCACUGGCUAGAAAGUAAAUGGGAUUUGCACAAAUUCCAAGCCGAACUGAAAUACAGACUGCAGUGUUGAUAUCCUUUUCUCCUGGUUGUUACUAACAGCCCUCAGGAAAGUCAAUGUCGUCAGAAGACCUGGAGGCCCAGGAGGAUGAGCUACUGGCCCUGGCGAGUAUUUAUGAUGCUGAUGAGUUUCGAAAAGCAGAGUCUGUCCAAGGCGGGGAAACCAGGAUCUAUUUGGAUUUGCCGCAGAAUUUCAAGAUCUUUGUGAGCGGCAAUUCAAAUGAGUGUCUCCAGAAUAGUGGCUUUGAAUACACCAUUUGCUUUCUGCCACCACUUGUGCUGAACUUUGAACUGCCACCAGAUUAUCCAUCUGCCUCCCCACCUUCAUUCACACUUAGUGGCAAAUGGCUGUCACCAACUCAGCUCUCUGCUCUCUGCAAGCACCUAGACAACCUAUGGGAAGAGCACCGAGGCAGCGUGGUGCUGUUUGCCUGGAUGCAGUUUCUUAAGGAGGAGACCCUCACCUACCUGAAUAUUGUCUCUCCUUUUGAGCUCAAGAUGGGGUCUCAGAAAAAAGUUCAGAGAAGGACGACAGCUCAGGCCUCCUCCAGCACAGAGCUGGAUUUGGCAGGAGCUGCUGGGUCUGAUGCAGACCAAGAGGAGACUGUGGACGAGAGAGCUAGAGCUGUGCAGGAUGUAGAAUCGUUGUCAAGCCUCAUCCAGGAAAUCUUGGACUUCAAUCAAGCUCAGCAGAUGAAGUGCUUCAAUAGUAAAUUGUUCCUGUGCAACAUCUGUUUCUGCGAGAAGCUGGGUAGUGAGUGCAUGUACUUCUUGGAGUGUAGACACGUGUACUGCAAAGCCUGUCUUAAGGACUACUUUGAAAUCCAGAUCAAAGACGGUCAAGUCAAAUGUCUCAACUGUCCAGAACCAAAGUGCUCUUCAGUGGCUACUCCUGGCCAGGUCAGAGAGCUGGUGGAAGCAGACUUGUUUGCCCGUUAUGACCGCCUCCUCCUCCAGUCGACUUUGGACCUAAUGGCAGACGUGGUGUACUGCCCCCGACCAUGCUGCCAGCUCCCUGUGAUGCAAGAGCCUGGUGGAACCAUGGCGAUCUGCUCCAGCUGCAAUUUUGCUUUCUGUACCUUCUGCAGACUGACCUAUCACGGGGUUUCUCCAUGUAAAGUAUCUGCAGAGAAAUUAAUAGAUGUACGAAAUGAGUACCUACAAGCAGAUGAAGCUACUAAGAGGUUCUUGGAGCAGCGCUAUGGCAAGAGGGUGAUCCAGAAGGCCCUGGAGGAGAUGGAGAGUAGAGACUGGCUGGAAAAGAACUCCAAGAGCUGCCCCUGCUGCGGAACACCCAUCCAGAAAUUAGAUGGCUGUAACAAGAUGACCUGUACGGGCUGUAUGCAGUAUUUCUGCUGGAUUUGCAUGGGUUCUCUCUCUAGAGCAAACCCUUACAAACACUUCACUGAUCCUGAUUCUCCAUGCUUUAACAGAUUGUUCCACGCUGUGGAUGUUAAUGGAGACAUUUGGGAAGAUGAAAUUGAGGACUAGCUCAUUCCUUGUGCUCACAAUUGAGAAAUGGAAUGUUUUGCCCUGAUCUCCUGUCAAGGACGCAGAGACCUUUCAAGAUGCUUAGGGUGCCAUAAGUUCACUCCUCCUAUGUAGAAGGAAGGACAGGGUUUAUAUUUUCCUUUGGUACUACUGAUUAAGGCAUGUACAUUUUCCACGUAACAAAAUCUGAUAAAACUAUAUGCCAAAGGUUCAGAAAUGAAAACUAUAGGAGAUUAAAUAUGCCCAAACUGUGGAUAGUUAAAAAAUAAAUAUUUAUUUCUUCCCCAAGCUUUAGGUUAGGGAAAGGGUCAAGAGUUCAGCUUUCAGAUCAUGUCCAAGAAGCCUGCUGUUGCUGGAGCACUUUGUGUUCUGUGGGGACAGUCACGGUCCUGUUGACACUGUAGUGGGAGCCUGCUCCAUUCUCUGGACACUAUUCACUUCUGUCAGUUCUCUCUGGAGCAAGCCUUUUGCUCUGUAACUGAUCAGAUAUCCAAGUGUCAUUCAGAUCUCCCGCUUGUCAGAACAGAAAUCUAACAAUACUUUAAAAUGUAUCUGUAGUACGUCAAGCCCUGUGGGUCACUUAGUAUUUAUGAAUAGUGUGUUGAGUCCACUUGUUUAGAGCCAGAUACAGAAUUUAAUGAUGCUGGCUCAGAGCUCCUCCUCCUGCUUGCCUGGGGAGAAGAUGCAGAGUCAGAUGUCUUCGUCCCAUUUUGUUUUCAACUUUCUCCCUUUGCCCUCCCAUCUUCUGUUGACAAGGACAGGAUUCCAGCAGUGUGCUUUUAUUUCCUGUGCUGGAACAGGAAAGAGCCCAGUAUACUCCUCAGGUGAAUGCUCGCGGCACCUGUGUACAGCACCGCGCUUCCAGCCCUUCCUUCUGAACACUCGUCCUGCCUGGUCACCUGUAGGAAUUGGGCUUCCCUCCCAUCCCCCAACACUGCAGUGUGUGGAGUGAGAACAGUAGCUUGACAACUGGAUUCCUAUCUCUGGCUUUUAUUGGCUUUUUGGAAAACUGUCUUCCACAUGAUUCGGUAAGCGGCGUGGUAGUCACUCAGUGGAUGUUUUGGAAAGAACAGUAAUUCACCUGCAGCUUGUGAACAUGUGUUUUCUACUUUGACACUGAAAAUUAAGGAAUUGCUUUCACUGUCAGCAUGGACUGCUGUUGUCAAUGAAGGAUGCUUAAUCUUAACAAUAAAAAUUAUCUAAAAUCAUCCUAUAAUUCAAAUAGAGAUGUCCUGUU